AUGCUGGCAGUACAAUCGCUGAUAACCGUGGGUCCGACUUUGCGCGUUCUUGGUGGCGCCGCCUCACUAUCAGUCGUGGUCUCGGCUCGAACAGCACAGGCCAGCCAAAUCACCACCACCAGUAUCCGCAACUACCAUGUCUCCAUAGUCAGAAGCAGCGACCACAGUAGAUCCAGCAAGAAUGACCUCAAAGCAUCUAGAGCGGCCUUCACCCAGCGACAGAUUUUGGACGAACUCAGGGCCUCUGCUUCCUCGUCAAAUUCUUCUACGUCGCUGUCAGAAGCUCAGCCUCGACCACGCUUCAAUGCUACCGCCGAAGCCGCACUCGACGCCGCGUCAGGAGGGCGAGGCGGCGGAAUUUCUCUUGGCAUAGCUGGACUAUCGGCAGGUGGAGGUCAAUCAUGGUCGCAACUCAAGACGGGUCAGAAAGUAGCGCGUGCCACAGUGCAAUCGACUCGAACUUUGCUCAUCUUGGGCGGUGGAGCGCUGACAUUUGUUCUAGUCUAUGCGCUUACCAGCGAGCUAUUUGCCAAGAACAGCCCCACUGUCAUCUACGCGGACGCUUGCAGACGUGUCCAGAACAGCGCGGCGAUUGCAAACCAUCUUUUGACACCGUACCGUUUCCGCACAUCACCCACUGCUGAAAGUGGAUCGAGCGACUUUUCACCUCUAAAUCCUCCUUCGGUGAAAAACAGAAGACGAUCGAGGUCAGUGCCUUCGGUGACGUUGACCGACCAAUACACUGGCGAGGAGAAGAUGCUGCUUCGCUUCUGGAUCGGAGCAAGAGAGAAAGGAGAAGAUUGGUCCAUCUUGGAUACUGCACGCUACGAGAUCGUGGAAGCGGGCAAGUGGCUGGCUCGCAAGGUGACGGAAGGCGGUGAAUGGCUGGGCGAGCAGCUCGGUGUCGAUCUUGGCUCAAACGACGCUAUGGGUGGCGAGAAGGACGGAACCGGUGCAGUUGCGACUAGCUCGGACAGCUCGUCCUCUGCUGCCAACGCAUCAGCAAACAAUGUGCUGAGUCGAACAUGGAGCUCAGCUCUAGGCGGCAUCACGAGCCUGGUGCGAAACUCAACGGAAGCCAUCACAUCGACGCUCACCUCGGCUGCUUCGCCAAAAACACAUCGAACUUCCGAGCCAGGGACGUGGUCUACGGGUGAGGUACACGCCGAGCUGGUCAAAGAUCAAGACGGUACUCUACAGUAUCGUACGCUGUUUGUCGAUAUUCCCAACUCGCAAGCGUUGAUGCGCCAGCGUGUCUGGAUCGUACGUCACCCGGGUGACGUGCAGAGGUGA